AUUAUGUUCAAUUACGUACAUAUUUACUCUACUUUAGUUUUAUAAUUAUGAUGUACAUAAGAUGUUAGGCUUUCUCCAUCAAGGAAAGAAAAAAAGGAACAUGCUCUAACAUACCACCAUGUUCCAUGGAUUGUAAAGGCUAGCUUUUGUGGAUUAUGAUCAUAGUCUUUAAUGGUUUCAUUCAUGUAGUCUUUAUAGCCCUUUCGAUAGAAGGAAAAAGGGGUGUUUAUUUUUGUUAACCGAUAACCGGCCAACCAGUUAUCGGUUAUAAUCGAAAUAAUCGAAUUGCUAGCCCUAAUCAUCAAGGUCAAACAGAUUUUUUUUUCUAGUCCCUCAUGUUAACAUAAUCAUUCAAUGGUGUCCUCAAGUCUGGCAUAAUAAAUAUAACUCUAUUACAAGCACUAGCUCAAAUCAAUGACAAUCGAUCCUUCAAAGAUCUAACCCUUAAGUUCUUAAGAGUUCGAAAUUGACUCGUCAAUCUAAAUGCAUGUGGGUUAAUCCAUCUAUAAAUUUUAACCGAAAUCCGUGGGUUGAACCCAUCGGCCGGACCGCCUGCUAGUUGACUUGAGCAUAAGUUGGACGGCACUUCCAAUUUUGGCGGGCGGUGGCGGUUCCUCUUUUUGGAUCACUGAAAGCAAUUGAGCAAACGGCGGAAUGCGGUGGCGCAAAUUGUUCGUCGCCUCCGCAUUAACCGUCUCGCGAUAUACAGCUGAGUUAGAGCGGGAGAUCGUGGGGAGACGGUGGCGGGGACCCACUUUCCCAGAAAAUCCUGUCCUUUUUUUUCCCUCUCAAAAUAAACUUUUCUUUUGCCUUUUUCUUGCAUGGAAUGGAACUGGAUGCACAUCCAGCAGAUUCCCCAAACGAACAAAUUUCCACCAUCUCUCUCUCCGUCUUCUCUUCCUUCAUCAUCAUCUCAUUCUCAUUGGCGUUUCUCCAUCCCAUUUAUUAUUAUCGGAAUAUUAAUUUAUUAUCACUUUUGACUGCUCACAGAACCACACUUGAUACUUAGUCCAUCUCCCUCUCUCUCUCUCUCUCUCUCUCUGCCUCUCGCUUUCAUUCUCUGCCGGCUUUCUUCUUCCCGAAGUUCAUUCCUUUCUCGAAUUUCAAUCAAGACCCAAGUCAAGGGGGAUCGGUGCUUCUCGUCUCCUUGCUCUAAUCUCAACUGGGUCGGUCUCGGAAUCGCUUGAUUUGCUUUUCCCCUGCCUCCAAUUUCUCAGGUGAGCUGUCACAGAAAGAUGAAAAGGGUUUCUGUUCUGCUGUUGCUCUCUCUUUCUGAUUCUUCUUUUGGUUAGUUUGCUCUCGCGUUUGGUAUGUGUGGAUUUUUCAUCUCUUUCCGUAUGAAUUUGGAAGAGCUGGGGGUUUAGUUUUGUCUCACUUGGUGGUUGGUGAUUCCGGAUUGGGUAGUGAAUGAUUUGGGCGUUUUGUGAUUCUUCUGGACUUCGCUUUGCAUAAGAGUUUUCCAAAAAAAAAAAAAUCUGGGACUAUUGAGAUUUUAGGCUUCUCCCAGUCUAUAGUUUAGUAAAUCAUAUAAGGAAUUGAAGUAUGAAUAUUUUGUUCUCCUCUGGACUGUUGCUGGUUCUUGUUUUCCCUUGUUGUCUAAUAUUCGGUUUGUGAAAGUUAGCAACUUUCUAGUUUCUGUCGACAACCGAAUUGAACUUGGAUAUGCAUUCUUUUUGGUCCAAGGAACUUGACUUCAGAGCUAGCUUGUACAGAAUUUCAGAAUUAAGGUCAAAGUUCGAGGCUUUAUUAUUCUAUAUAGCAGUUCCAAAUUUAUUACAUUCUCUGGUUAGGGAUCCUCUCAGUAUUGACAGCUUGAGAAAGAUGAAUUUGAGCUCUGCCGAACUUGCUUGGUAGAAGACUAGAAGCUACUCUUGUUCGGCAUCAUUUCUCUUCCAUAAUGUGUUUCCUUAGCCUUGCUUGAUAUCUUGGGAUUGUGUUAUUUUACUCAUAACUUCUUUCUCAACGUUUGAUCUGGUUUGUCAAUUUAUGUCUGUAUUCUCUGUCUGGGGUGAUUGAUCUUUUGAUAUUAGAUGUUCUGGUUCUUGUUUGGCAAACCAUUUCUACAUGGUUUCAUUCAUGGGAAUGUUCUUUUUGUUUUUUUCAGGGAAAACAUAUGAACUGAGUAUUUGGGCAUCCGGGAAAUGGGGGCUUCAAACUCUAAAGUAGAAGAAGAUAAAGCUCUACAGCUUUGUCGCGCAAGAAAGAAAUUCGUCAGGCAAGCACUUGAUGGUAGAUGCUCGCUUGCUGCUGCUCAUAUUGCAUACAUUCAGUCCCUAAAAACUACAGGAAUUGCAUUAAGAAGAUUCGUUGAACCAGAUCUUCUUCCAACUGAAUCAUCACUCUACACCUCGACGAGUGCAACGCCGGAGCCACAUGUUGUAACCGAGAAGUCCUACUCACACUUCUCCCUCUCUUCACCAUCUCUAUCACAUCCUGGGGAUGGAACAAAUGAAAACCUCUCUAGAUCCCCCACUCCCCCUAGCUCUCGUAGGUUUCAGGUUCACCAUAUGAAGUUCAAAGGUUUUCCUUCUAGAAAGGUGGAAGAGAAGCCUCCUGUUGCCGUCACAGCCACAGUGACCUCUUCAAGCACCCCACUGGAUGCAACACCACCACGGUCCGCUGAAAAGCCAGAAGCAUCACCGCCCUUCGAACCUCCCCCAUCUGUUACGCCUGGAACUCCGCAAUGGGAUUACUUUCAGCUUUUUCAUCCAAUCGACAAUGAGUUCUCUUCCCAAGAUGGGAAGGAAAAUGGAAAUAGCCAUGGCUUUGAGCGUGGUGAUGACAUGGCACGGCUUAGGGAGGAGGAGGGGAUUCCUGAGCUGGAAGAUGAGGAAGAAAAUAAGGCUUCGUUUCGUGAGAGUGAUGAUGGAUAUGAUGACUCUGAAGAUGGAUUUGAUGAUGACCCUCCUCCCACCGAGAGACUUGUGCGGAGUUAUCAGAACGUCAACAGGAUGCAUGAUCAUGUCAGUGCUUCGCCUACCGUGCCUUCUGCAGGAAGUGUAGCUUCCGAAGGAGAGUUGUUGAAUGGGGAGAAGAGUAACUCGCCUUAUUUAUCCCCACUAAGAACUCCUUCCUCAGCUGUUGCUGUUUCAGCUGAGAAAAAGAAAACACAUGUGAAAGAAGAUCAGAAUGAGAACAAGGUUGCUCCUAAAGACUUCUUUUCGAGCAUGAGGGAUAUCGAGUAUCUGUUUAUAAAGGCUUCUGAGUCCGGGAAAGAAGUUCCAAGGAUGCUCGAAGCAAAUAAAUUUCACUUCCGUCCCAUAGCUGCAACAAAAGAUAAUGGGUCAGUGGCUUCCACUUUUCUGAAGUCAUGUUUCUCUUGUGGGGAUGAUCCUACACAUGUGCCAGAAGAACCCGUUCAAGAUGCUGUAAAGUACUUGACUUGGCAUAGGACAACUUCAUCACGAUCAUCAUCAUCUAGAAAUCCUCUUGGAGUGAAUUCUAAAGAUGAUGGAGAGGAUCUUGCUGGUAAUCUCUUUGAAAAUUUCUGUAUGAUCUCUGGCAGUCAUGCUUCAACGUUGGAUAGACUGCACGCUUGGGAGAGAAAACUUUAUGAUGAAGUAAAGGCCAGCGAAAUGGUGAGGAGGGAAUAUGACGCUAAAUGCAGGUUCUUAAGACAGCUGGAAUCAAAAAAUGAAAGUUCGUAUAGAAUCGAUAAAACCCGUGCCAAUGUUAAGGAUCUACAUUCGAGGAUCAUAGUAGCUAUUCAAAGAAUCGAUUCCAUUUCAAAGAGGAUUGAGGAAUUGCGUGACAAAGAGCUUCAACCACAACUCGAGGAGUUGAUUCAGGGGCUAAGUCGAAUGUGGGAAGUGAUGUUCGAAUGCCACAAACUGCAGUACACAAUCAUCACCAUAGCAAACACGAACGCCAAAAUCUCCCUGCAGUCCGAGUCUCGCCGCCAGAUCACUCUCCACCUAGAAACCGAGCUCAGCUCACUGUCAUCGACAUUCACAAAGUGGACGAAUACCCAAAAAUCCUACCUCAAGUCCAUCAAUGACUGGUUAUUCACAUGCGUGGUGCUUCCAGAGAAAAACUCCCGGCGUAAUAAGCGAGCCCCAAACCCUUCCUCCACAUUGAGACACUUUGGCGCCCCAAUCUACGCCACAUGUGGGGUAUGGCUUGACAAGCUCGAGUCUUUACCAGCCAAAGAAGUAGCCGACUCGAUAAAAGGUCUGACCACCGAGACAAGCCGGUUCAUACCUCACCACGAGAGGAAGCAAGGGAAGAAGAUGACCACAAGAACCGAUUUACCACCAUCGUGGAAGGGCGACAACGACAACAGGAGUGAUGACGUGGCAGCAGAUGAUGAUGGCGGUCCUCGUGGUUCUGAGCGAUUCAGGUCGAGCUUGGAGGGGUUCAUCGGCCACCUCAGCAAGUUUGCAGAAUUGUCGGCGAACAUGUAUAAAGAGGUCGAGAAGGCGAUCCAGAAUGCAAAGCAUCAGUUCGAGGUGAACUCGCAAAUGCAGACUCAAACUGGGUAGUCUCCUGGCUGGGUGAGGAUUCAGAAAGGUACAGAAGUUUGUGAGUUGGAUGUGGGAUCUUGUUGUACAUGGUGAAAAAGGUGAUAAUAAAAAGGGUACAUGGAGGCAGAGAGAGAAUAGUAGUGGUAGUGAAUUUGAGAGGGGGAGAAUAAUACUAAUGGACAAGGUGAAGAUGAACACAAUUUUGGAUAUCAAAGGGAGGGAAAGAGGGGAUUUUUUGAUGGGUUUGUGAAGUGAUUCUAUUUAUUGGCUGAUGGUGGUGGAAUAUAUACAGAACAGAAUU